UUUCAGGUUUUCCCUGGUGGGAGUAAUCUGAAGGAAUUCUUCUCAGGAUAUGUAAGGAAACUUGAUGAGGUUGAUAAGGAAUUCGAGAGAAAGGCUGACAGGGUGGCCAGACCCACAGAAGACACUGAAAAUGCAGAAGGAACAGAGAGGAGCAGUGAAAGCCAACAAGUGGUGCCAUGUGCACAGGACCCCCCUCCGACACCUCCUGUUCCGCCAUCUUCCAGUGAGGAGUCAAGUUCUGCUCCUGCUCCAUGCACAGAGGACAAGAAAACCAAAGAUGCUGAUAUGACACAAAAAGACUUGAUCUUAGACAAUAAGAAAUUUGAAUGUUGUGAUUCCAAUUCAGAAUCAAUCCCUCCACCUCCCUGCAAUGCUAAAAACAAGAAAGGAAAGCUGUAUGACUUUUAUGUUAUUUACUCAGAAGAAGACUCGGACUGGGUGUCUAAACAUUUAUUAACUACUCUGGAGGGCACAAAAGGAUUUAAGGGUUGUGUCAAAGAGAGAGAUUUUAUUCCAGGUACAACCAUUACUGAUUCCAUAUUGGAAAGCAUUAAAAAUAGCUUAAAAGUGUUAGUUAUUAUUUCAGGCAGAGAACCAAAAGACGAAUGGUAUGAUUUUGAAGUGAGGCAUGCUAUCCAUCACAGACAUGACUCAGGUCAGAAUUCUUUUGUAAUUCCGAUUUGUAGGGAAAAUGCCAACAAGAGUGAUGUACCAUUAACACUAAGAGAUGUUAACCCAUGUUAUAUGGUGAGUGCCCAUGAUUGGGAAAAACUAGAAAGAGCUCUGGAUGAUGACAAUUCCCAGUAAUAUGUUGGAAAUACAUAGAGUGUAUUCAGAACAGAGGAUCCACAGAGUAACUGACCCGCGGACUAA